AUGUCUCCUCCUAGGACCCACCAGAGGCGUAGUUCAGAUCACCCACCUACCAGGCCCCACAAGGAGGGGCCCUUACCUCAGACCUGCCCCUCCUCAGAGUCCCCACAGGGAGGACCUGAUUCUCCUCAUCUCGCCCCACACGCUGUGGGACCCCCCCCCCCCCCACGCCAAAUCCUCACACUCUCUGUCUCUGCUGCAGGUGCCUGGCCAAUGGGGGGUGCAGAUGAGUUCCCAGUGGGCACAUGCCCUGGGAUGUGCCCGCUGGGUGAGCUGGCGCAGCGGGAGCGCCAGGGUCGCCUGCACCGGCUGGAGCUGCGGGAGGGGACGCGGCAGGGUGACCCUGACCGCGUGGUGAAGGAGUAUUCCCGUCCAGCUGCUGGCAAGGAGCUGCCCCAGCCCCAGGAGCUGCGCCCUGCCCCAGUGCUGCUGGCCACUGUGCGCUACCUGCUGGGCCAGGUAGCGCCGCAAGCCGACCUGCCCCCAGCUGAGGUCCAUGCUUUCAUCUCCGACCGAUUGCGUGCUGUGCGCCAGGAUGCCACGCUGCAGCGGCUGCAAGGGGCUCCAUGCGUGGCCCUGCUGGAGCGAUCACUGGGCUACCUGCUCCAUGCCGGCUACCAGCUGUGCCAGGAAACUCCUGCCCGCUUCGACCCCCACCUCCAUCGCACCCAGCUCCAGGAGUGCUUCAGCUGGCUGCGGCGCUGCUACCGGGACAGCUGUCAUCACAGGGAGCCGGCCUUCCAGGCCCUUUUCCUCCUCUACAACCUGGGCUUCCCGGAAGCCCUGCGCCAGGUCCUGCAGCUCCCAGACCCUGUCCGGGCCUCCCCUGAACUCCGCACAGCGCUGGCUGUCAACUGGGCUUACCUGGAGCGCAACUGGGCACGGUUUUUCCGCCUGGUGCAGGCCUUGCCCUACCUGCCGAUUUGCGCCCUCCAUCGGCACCUGGGCCCCGCCCGGCGCCUGGCACUGCUCACCUUUAGCCACGGCUUUAGUGCCAGGAACUGUCGCUGCCCUCUGACCUGGCUCACCCGGCUGCUGGCAGUGGACAGCCCUGAGGAGAUGGCAGAGCUGUGCCGCCAUCAUGGGCUCACGGUGCUGGAUGGAGCCGUGGUCUUCCAGAAAGCAGCUUUCAGGGACCCAGGCAUGCUGGUCCACGGCCCCUCGCAGCUGCUAGUGGACAGUAAACGAGGGGAGGCCCCCCUGCUGGAGGUCAUCGAAGAUGCCUGUAACUAA